AUGCUCUCAACCGCCGACCCCCGCGAACUUUUCAUGCACCUAAGCGAGCUUGAUAGCCAACAACAGCAGCAAGAAAGGCAGCAGCAGCAGCAGCAGCAGCAGCAGCAGCAAGACCACAUGUUAACUAUGAGCGCGGGAGCAGCAACAUUAAGGGGGCAUGAAUAUGUCGCGAGGCAGCUGCUACAGCCGCAGACGCCGCUGCAGCAGCAGCAUCUGCUGCAGCCACAGCAGCAGCAGCAACAGCUCGAUGAAUCCCAGCUGAAGGAGCGCCAGCAGCAGCAGCAGCAGCAACAGCAGCAGCGCAAUCAGAAGCUGCAGGAGCAGCAACGCGCCCUUACUGAGCUGCGGCGCCGCAUCGUUGCGGGCAAACGCCACCGCUGGCUGCUGCCUCAAGAACCCCCCUCCAGCUGCAGCAGCAGCAGCAGCAGCAGCAGCAGCAGCAGCAGGAAGCCAGCGCAGCUGCUGAAGCUCUGCGACUGGGGCGAGGCUGCAUUUUAUUAUUGGGUUAACGCUCAGGGUGGGGGCCCCCUGGGGGCCCCUCCUCUUGACUUUCCUCCUCGAACUGCAAUUGCUUCGCUGCUGAGGAGCAGCAAGGCUUCUGCUGCAGCAGCAGCAGCAGCUAGAGAGGCAGCAGCAGCAGCUGCUGCUGCUGCUGCAGAGGGACGCCCCACACCACCAGGGGCCCCACCCACUUGUGAAUUUCCCUCAGCGUUGGUGUAUCAUGCGCUGCAGCAAACUGCAACAGCAACAGCAGCAGCAGCAGAAGCAGAAACACCUCCUUCAGAUGCAGCAGCAAGCAGCAACUGCAGCAGCAGCAGCAGCAGCAACAGCAGCACGCAGAAUGUAGCGCGUGAUUUGCUGCAGUUUCUGCCUCGCUGCUUUAGGGUGUACUGGGAGCAUGAAUGGGAGCCCUUAGACAUGGAAACAACCAGCAGCAGCAGCAGCAGCAGCAGCAGCAGCAGCAGCAGCAAGCCUGAGGAUAUAGAUACGACGAGCAGCAGCGUUUGUUCCAGCAGCAGCAGCAGCAGCAGCAGCAGCAGCAGCAGCAGCAGCAGCAGCAGUGGCAGUACUCUGCCAUGUGCGGUAUCUGCUUCCUCUCCGCCUAGCACUAGCACCUCCAGCAGCAGCAGCAGCAGCAGCAGCAGCAGCAGCAGCAGCAGCAGCAGCAGCAGCAGUUUGUUUCGCUGCGCUGUUCAGCUGCUGGAUGUCUGCGCCUCUUUAGGAGACGCAUGCGUCAUGGAUUUAAAAAUGGGCAGGCAAAUGCACAGCGAUGCGUCAGACCCUAAAAAGAUCAAACGCAUGCAGCAAAAAGCAGCCAAUCGGUCGUUUGCAACUCACGGCUUUGCGGUCUGCGGAGUAGCGGCGCCCUGCGGCACGAGAACGAGGCAACCACCUGCAGCAGCAGCAGCAGCAGCACCUGCAGCAGCAGCAGCAGCAGGAGGAGGAGCACCAACACCAGGAGUAACAGCAGCAGGAGCAGCACCUGCAGCAGCGGCAGCAGAUGCUGCUGCUGCUGCAUCAGUUGCAGCAACAGCAGCUGCUGCUUCCAAUUCCGCAGGCGAAUCUGACGCGGCAAGAGACGGCAGCCCAGCAGCAGCAGCAGCACCAGCAGCAGCAGCAGCAGCAGCAGCAGCAGGGGGGUCAGGAGCCUUGUUCCCUCCUCGUUUAUCUUUAGUGUUAGCCCCUGCAGCAGCACAUGUCUUGAAGACAGACGACGCAUUUUUGCGUCUGUUCAAGGGUUUCUUUGGGGUCAAUGGGAGCAGCAAUUUAACGCUGCGGCUGCUGCAGCGAUGCAUGCAGCUGCUGCUGCCGAUUGUCUCCUUCUUUGAAGCUCAGAGUCUCUUCGCGUUCCACGGUUCUUCUCUGCUGCUUGUCUAUGAUGCUGAACCCCCUCCUCCUGCUUCUAACAGCAGCAGCAGCAGCAGCAGCAACAGCAACAGCAGCAGCAGCAGCAGCAGCAGCAGCGGGGAGUGGUGCUGCUUGCUGAGUGCUGAGGAUGCUGUUGUUAACUCUUUAUCGGUUUAUAUGGUUGAUUUCGCGCAUGUGUCUCUGCUGUCUGUACACCUCAGAGAUGAGGGAUAUCUCUUCGGCUUAAGCAAUUUGCAGCGUUUGCUGCAGCAGCUCGCCAACCAGCUGCAGCAGCAAACGCAAUUAUAG